AUGUUAUUAUAUCUUCUGCUUCCGAUUGCCUUCCUCCUUCCGCUACAGGCUUCUGAAGUGUGUCCAACUACAGAGUUUGGCACGGAGCUGACCUGUGCCUACAAAUGUUGUGAAAGCUCGCAUGGGCCCAAGGUGGUAAGGGCUUGAAUUUGUUUUAAAAUGAUGUUUUUGGUUUUUGAGAAUUCUUGAAGGAAUGUUUUUGUUAUUUUUUGAUUUAUGUUGAUCAAAAAGGGCAGGAAAUUGUUUUUCCAAAUUUUUAAGCCUAAGGGUUUUGAAAUUUUUAUUUUCAUAAAUUUUUGGCAUUAAAAGUUAACGAUUUUUGAAAUAAAUUAAUAUUUUUUACUAUAAGACACUUUAGGGCUACUACUGUUGUGGCGAUGAAAACUCUGUCAUUUUGGGAAAUCCAGAAGAAGAUCAGACCAAGAUUAGAGCCGAGAGGUUCGUCGCUUAUUCUAAUGGCUUCCAGUAAGUCUAUAUUAUCGUAGGCUACGUUUUUAGAUUCAGAAGCUUAUCGUACGGUAUAUAAACACAAAAUUUUUAUUAAUAUUCAAAAUUCCGAUGUAAAAUAGUACCUUGUUAUUUGUACCUUUACAAUAACAUACUCAAAGUCUACUUAACUUGACUAUUACUAUAAACUAAAGGAAAACCUUAAUCGUAAAACCUUCAGAAUCGACUACACAAUGCUGAUCCUGGGCCUGAUCAUCUCCAUCAUCAUCUCCAUCCUCCUGUCGCUGUUGUGUUGCUUGUUGUGCAAUGGCUGCUGGCUACACCGUCGUCGCAACCCUCACAUGUACGAAUCCGUUCACGAUAACGGCUGGUAUCCUCUGUGCUGUAUGAAUCUCAUAAUUUGCCGUUUUCCGCUUCUCAACGCUUUUUUAUAUUCUUUGUGAGGGGAAAAGUUGCGGCAACAAGGCUAAAGUUUAAAAAAGCCUACCUCAAUCAUAUUGUAGUAGUAUUACAGGCCAAAAGGUAUCUAAUUUUAUAGAAAAACCCUAAAAAUCAUUUUUAAAAUACGACAAAAAACCUAUAUAAAAACUAAAAAAUUUUAAAAAAUCCAAAAAUUGCCCAAAAUCAGCCAAAAGUUGCCGCAACUUCCAAGGCAACAACAACUCAACAACCCUACUUUCAGGCGGGUUCGGAAUCCCGAUGGGGACUAUCGUGCUUAGCAACAACCCUCCCCAGUUCCACCACUCCGAGGGCACUUAUGUGACCUCUGACUCUUCAACUUCAUCUCGAGGUCGCGUCCGCUUCAACGAGGACGGCACGCCCCGCGGCGUUCUCAAGAACAACGGUCACGGUUACUCUUAA